AUGACCCAUGCUAGCUGCAGUAGCUGGGAAGCUCAGUUCGUCUCAUUUCCACACGCUUUAAGAGCUUCUGUUUCAAGAACAGAAGCAGGAAAUUCCGAGGCUGCGGACGAGACGGCAGAACAGGUGGCUGCCACUGCAACCACAGCCAUGCUACGCCCCAUCAAUUCUUCGUUAAAUUCCCUGUAUGCGAAACAACGGCAGAAGGAGCAUGCAGGAGAGCAACAGGAGCUGCUGCCGCUGCAAGAGCAGCGGCAGGAUCAAGGACAGCAACACAACGGCUCUGGUCUCAAGGCAUCUCUGCAGGGAUUGCAGCAGCAGCUGCAGGAGCAGCAGCGCUGGCACCGCAUUAAGGCCAAGGAAUUGCAACAGCAGCAGCAGCAGCAACAGCAGCAACAGCAACAGCAACAUCGGAAGCAGCGAGUCUCCUAUCAGUCAGAGACAAGUACGCUGGCUGCUGUGGCUGCAGUCCCUGUGGCAGAAGCGACUGCAGGAGUGUCCCCUAGGUCAGAGGCAGCCUCAGCGCAGCCUGAUGCUGCUGGUGGCAUUGCUAAAGCAUUAGACGCUUCAGAGGCAGAUGUAGACAGCCGCAAGGCUCUACAUCGUCGUCGCGCUGCCCGCCGCUCAGCAAUCGCGGCAGCUGCAGCUGCCGCGGCUACAGCUGCCGUAGCUGCAAGAACGGAAGUCGAGUACUCUCCGUCUUCGCUUCAUGCCCGUGCCGGUGGCUCAGGCUCUGCAGAAGCUGCGACAGUAGCAAUCGCUUCAAGCAAAAUACCGACUGUGCGCCUGGAGAAACUUCGGGGAGUUCCCUCGACUCUACGGGAGGGCAUCGAGAAGCACGUCAUCUUGCCCUUCCUUGCGAACCACCUUCUUGAAGGCUACCAGCCGCCGGAGCCACCCCAACAGCAGCCUAGGCCAACAGAGGAGGCUGACGGGCUGAAUAAGGGGCAUUACGACGAGGGGAGGAAUUUAGACACCCCGGAUGAAAGCCUCUCUGGCCACAAAAGCAAGGGGCCCAGCACGAAGAGCAGCGACAAAAGCGGCAAUGGCCUUGUCUGUUCGCGCGGGGUGUUGCUAUGCGGUCCGCCAGGCGUGGGCAAGUCGCACGUUGCUGCUGCUAUAGUGGGUACCCUUGCGGAUCGCCUUCAGCAGCAGCAGCAGCAGCAGCAGCGUGCUACGCAGGCAGAAGGACAGCGGACGCUCACAGACAGCUGCACAAGCGACAACAGCGUUGAGGAGGAGGAGGGCAGCAGCAGUAGAGGUGACCAAGGCGGUCCGGUGCCGUUGCGCUACUACUCGCUUUCUGUUGCUGCCUGCACCUCACCAGGGGGUGAAGAGUUGCUGGAACAUACACUCAUGGCCUGCAGGGAUGCAGCCCCUUCGGUUUUGCUACUGGACAGGGUGGACUGCUUCGGCAGCAGUACGGCAAGCGUUGGUGAGGGCACCAGUGGCAGCAACAGCAGCGGCAGCAGCAGCAGUGGCAACAGUGCAGCCCUCAGCAGUCUUCUGGAUGCGCUCUGCAGGUCACUCGACGCGCUUAGAGGCACGCAGGUUUUCGCUCUGCGACGUAGUGGCCGAUUCGACAGGGAGCUGCAGCUGCCGCCUCCCAAUGUAGACGAGAGACUGGAGAUCCUUCAGGCCAUAGCGGCCUCCCUUCCCGUCAAGGUGAGAGUCGGAUUCGAGAGGAUAGCUGAGGAAACGGCUGGGGCUGUUGCCGCAGAUUUGCACGCGCUGCUUCACUCGGCACUCCUCGCAGCCCUCUAUCGCAAACAGCGGCAGGAUGCAGAUUGCAUGGACUCCUCCGCAAUGAUGGACGCAGCAGACGCGAAGGUCCCUGCACUCAGUGAUGUUUGUCUUGUGGAGGAGGAUCUGUGCGUCGCUUUGCGAGAGCUUCGGCUCACACUCGAAAAGGAAACAGGACACCUUGCAAAGGGGGCCCUUACUACUGAGUGGAAGGACGUUGGUGGACUCUACAAGGCAAAACGGCAAAUCGAAGACAAAAUAAUCUUUCCCGUACUCUUCCCGCAGCUCUACAAACAAGUUGGUCUGCGUCGGCCGAGCGGCGUAUUGUUGUAUGGGCCUCCGGGAUGUGGGAAGACGCUCCUAGCGCGCGCCCUUGCAAAGACUUGCAACGCUCACUUUAUAUCCGUAAAAGGCCCCGAGUUGCUCAGUAAGUUUGUUGGGGAGAGUGAAGCAUCUCUGCGCCGUCUCUUUAGGAAAGCCGCUGCCUUCGAGCCCACUGUCAUUUUCUUCGAUGAGAUUGACGCCCUUUGUGGAAGCAGAGGAGGAGCGCUAAACCAGCAGCACGCCGAGAAUGAAGCGGAGUAUUCUCAUUGGCGUCGGGUACAGCAGGAGGCGCAGGCUGAGGAGCGAGGCGAGGGGAGCGAGAAGGGCGAGAAGGAAGAGACGGGCGAGGGGGACAGAGCAGAGCUGACAGAGAGGCCUAAAACUGAGGGGCAGCUCAAGAAGCGGAGGCGCGUGGGCUUUCAGCCUCUUCGCUAUGGCAACAGCCAAAACAGCAGCAACAAAGUGGAGGAAAGGCUGAUUGCGCAGAUGCUCACAGAGCUGGAUGGUUUAACAGCGAGAGGACAGGUCUUUGUCGUUGCAGCGACGAACCGCCCAGACGCCAUUGACGCCGCUCUUGUGCGCCCUGGACGCCUAGAGGUUCAAGUAUACGUGCACCUCCCUGAUUUAAAGGACCGGCAGCAAAUUUUCAAGAGCGGACUAAGGUGUAUGCUCAGGGAUAUCGUGCAGCAGCAGCAAGGGCAGCAGCAGCCGCACGUGCAGCAGCAGGAACUGCUAGAGGUCGUAGAAUCAAAAAUCCAACAGUUCGACCUCCUCCGCCUCGCAGAGGAAGCGCACGGGUUUAGUGGUGCAGAUAUCGAUGCAGCCCUCAGGAGUGCAGCCGCCGCCUUGUUGGAGAACCAACGAGAAGGCUUUAUCGAGGCCUUGAAAAUCCAAGUGAAGCAGCAUUUUCAGAAACAACUUGACAGCGGCAGCAGUACUUUUGCCGCGAAGGCUGCUCUCGAAGAAGUGGAUGCCCUUUCCGCUUACGAGCUGUAUGCGUUAUGUGGGCGCUUGGGAGGGUCCCUACGAAGUGCAGCAGCAGCUGCUGCUGCUGCGGGGGGCAGUGCAGCGGCAGCCGCAGGGGCCCUGCAGCUGACACAGCAGCAGCUGCUGCACGCCAUCCGGACCACGAGGCCUUCAGUCACCCCCAAACAAGUAGCUUUCUAUGAGGCGUAUGCAGAAAGCACCGCCAGUGGGGCUGCCUCUCUAAAGUUUGGGUUGUAUCAUGUCAAAGAUCCACCCACGGUAUAUAAGUGGACUGCAAAGCAAUUCCCAACUGUCCCGCUGUUUCUGGUGGGAACAAAGACUUGUAAAUACUGCAUCGAUGGGGGCACUGGCCCCUCGGCACUCUCCCCUCUCCUUGCUACGGGCCGAAUCCUCAGUCCCGUAUGUGACCUUUCACUCUGA